AUGAGAAUCAACGUUUUGGCCCUGGCAGUGGCCGCGAUCUAUUUCGGCACGGUAGCAUCAAGUUUACCAGAUGCUACGACACCACCGCAGCUACGAACCAAGAAACGUCCACGCGGGUGUGAUUGCUACACAAUCUCCGGGCCUGACCCGGGAUACUUCCACCACUACAAAUUCUGGGACUUUCGGGCAGUGGAUUUGAAGAAACAUGCCAAUCUCAAUCUGUCAGAGCCCAUAGAUUAUAGCGACGAGGACUGGGAUGAUGACGAUGGGGGCGAUAUACAAGACCCGCCAAAUGACCACCCACCCGCAGUCCACGAGUCAAAGGACCCAGACCCCAGAUCACUGGUAUUCUACAAGACCUCCUUCGAGAUAGACUGGAGUAGUCAGAACUGGGAACGCCGAGGCACCGCUAGAUCCCCAGUCCUCAUGAUAAAUUCAAAGCACAACGUCUUUCUCACCCGGGAUCAUGAGCAACACAACCCCCAUGCGACGUAUCUUGUGCUACGCACCACCCGCUUCUCAGACUACACCUCCACCGCAGAGAUCGAGACUCGUCUGCACAACAUCUACCGGUGCUCCUUGCGUGUCCGGUUUCGUUUGCUGCCAGCUAGCUCCAUCGUAUCGCAACCUCCCCAGCCUAAAGAAUGGCCAUCGCGGGAUCCAAGGCGACAUUAUACCGUGCCAUCGAACAACAAGACAAUUCCUGUACGUGAUGACCGCCCAGCCGACGGCGCUUGUGCUGGCAUCUUCACCUACCAUGACCAGACCUGCGAAUCGGAUAUUGAGAUUUUGACACGGGACCCGUCGCAUCGCGUGCACUAUGCCAAUCAGCCCGAUUACGAUUUCGCCGCUGAUAAAGAGAUCCCCGGUGCGAGUACCGUUAGAGAUGUACCUGUCCCAUGGACGACGUGGUCUACGCAUCGCCUAGACUGGCUCUCGAACAUGUCACGGUGGUAUGUCGACGGUCAAAUACAGGAUGCCAAAUCAUACGGAGUUCCCAAUCUGGCGAGCAUGAUUGUCGUUAAUCUUUGGAGUAACGGCGGACUCUGGACAGGUGAUAUGAAAAUUGGCGAUAGUAUAUACAUGGGCAUUGAAUACAUUGAGCUGGUCUACAAUCGUUCUUCUGAUGCCUUCGGUGGCUUUUACACGUCUCCUUCGCAGAACCAUGACGGCCAUCAGGGGACGCCUCUCGCAAAUGGCUCUCUUGGAAAUGGACAUUCAUCGGAGCCAGGUAAAAACGAAAAGUGCAAGCCAGGGAGGCAGGGCCACACCAUGCAACAUCGAUCAGUUCUAACCUAG